AUGGCGUCGGCGGGUCUGGAGAGGGUCCGCGUUUCGGCGGCGGAGCUCCGGCGGGGGAUCUUGGCCACGGCGGAAGCGGAGGCGGCGGCGACGCACGGGAGGGGCGGCCCAGGUGAGGGCGCGGCGGGCGGGCGGAUGCUGGGGCCCCUCCCUCUGUUGGGGAGGCUGGGCGGGGGAUCCGUUCCCCGGUGUUGUGCUUGGUUGCCAUGGCGCCCUCCCCCCUCCGUUUUCUCCCCCGCCCGCUGGAAGGAGGAGGACGUCCAGGUGGAGGCCCUGCUGGACGACGCGGAGGAGGCCGAGGGCAGCGGUGACGAGCUGGACAUCCGGGAGCUGCGGGCCAAGAAGCAGGUGCUGGCCAGGAAGGUGGCCGAGCAGCAGCGCCGGCAGGACAAGAUCCAGGCGGUGCUGAAGGACCAGGCCCAGGUGAGGCAGAUGGAACUGGAGAUCCGGCCCGUCUUCCUCGUCCCGGACACCAACGGCUUCAUCGACCACCUGGGCAGCCUGGCCAAGCUGCUGGAGUGCAGGCAGUUCAUCCUGGUGGUGCCCCUGAUUGUCAUCAACGAGCUGGACGGGCUGGCCAAGGGCCCCGAGUCCGAGCACCGGGCCGGGGGCUACAGCCGCCUGCUGCAGGACCGGGCCCGCAAGGCGGUGGACUUCCUGGAGUCCUGCUUCGAGAGGCGCGACAGCUACAUCCGGGCCCUGACCAGCCGGGGCAACGAGCUGGAGUCCGUCUCCUUCCGCAGCGAGGACAUUUCCCGGCAGCAGGGAAACAACGAUGACCUGAUCCUCUCCUGCUGCCUCCACUACUGCAACGACCGGGCCAAGGACUUCAUGCCAGCCAAGAAAGAGGACCCCAUCCGCCUGCUCCGGGAGGUGGUGCUACUGACGGACGACCGGAACCUGCGGGUGAAGGCCUUGACGCGCAACGUGCCCGUGAGGGACAUCCCCACCUUCCUGCGGUGGGCCCAGGAGGGCUGAGCCUCGGGACGCCCCCCGCCCCGGGAAGCCGUGCGUUUCGUUGCCAGCAGGGAGGGUGGCCUCAGGGCGUGCCCCGUGCCAGGGCUGUCGUGCUGCCGACCCCCCCCCAUCGCCCUCCCAGGAGACACCCAGCACAAUAAACGCAGCCUCUUCAACUCCACCUGGAAUGGCCAUGCUGUG